AUGAUGCUACAUAUCGAGUUCUCAAUGUUUCUAACUACCCCCUUCAACUUUGCUUCUACAACACCACCCCCAACACCUUCACUCUUGCUCUGCAAAUGGGAAUUUCUUCAAGUACUUAAAACCACCCUUGCUUGGGUUUGGGAGGUCAACCGGGGAAACGGGUUGGCGAAAACGCCACUCUCACAUUCGGGACAGACAGCAACCUUGUUUACCGACACGGAUGGCCGAGUGGCAUGGCAAACCAACACUGAAAACAAAGGUGUGGUAGGCCUCAAGCUGCUUCCAACUGGAAACAUGGUCCUCUACAACUCAAUGACCAAGAGCAACUUUAUUUGGCAAAGCUUUGACUACCCAACAGACGAGCCUCCGUGA